AUGCUUCUUUUGCUGUAUUUCGAACUGAAACGGUUUCAGCGGCUACUUCCCGAUUGGUUGACCGCGUGCGGGCUUACUGCCUAUUUCAUCCUUAUUGCCGAGCACAGUAGGCCGUUUCUGAGGCAGUUCAAACUCAAUGAUCCCAGAAUACAGCAUCCAUUUGCGGAAAUCGAGCGCGUCUCAGGGCUCAUGUGCUUGGUUUUAGCUGCAGUUGUUCCGCUGGUCGUAAUUGCUUUUGUUUGUUCGUAUAAGCACUCCUCUAGAGAUCAAGCAUGGCAUGUGCUUAACGUUUCUGUAUUGGGUCUUUUUCUAUGUAUUGCCAUUGACGGCGUGGUGACCGAUGUGCUCAAAGCAUGGAUUGGAAUCCCCCGUCCUGAUUUUCUUGCUCGGUGUGGACCUGCUCUCAAAACCCCAUUAGAUCAAUUUGUAGAUGUAUCGGUGUGCACUGCACCAUUGGGCCAGAGAUUGUUGCAAGACGGCAUGCGAUCGAUGCCUUCGGGCCAUUCGCUGAUUUCGUUUGCUGCGUUUGGAUAUCUCUGCAUGUGGUUGUUUGGCCAGGGAAAGUUGGCGCUUCUGCCCACAACGAAACCGCUCUACUUGUACUUGGGAGCGUUUUCGCCGCUCAUGGUGGCCACGUAUAUUGCGCUUUCUCGUGUCCAGGAUUACAGACACAGCUUUAUGGAUAUCACUGUCGGUUCACUUCUAGGAUGCGUGGUGGCUCUAUUGGUUCAUGGGAAAUAUUUUCAUUCUUUUUGGGCUGAGAGGAGCGGCGAGCUCUUGGAUAGUGACGCUGAGCCUAUCCUUCCAAUUUAA